AUGGUCAUGGCACAAUCUACUUCUCGAGUUUGGUUGAUUACUGGUUCUUCCAGUGGAUUCAGCAGGGCGAUGGUGGAAGAAGUCCUGCUUAAUGGUGAAAUUGCUGUCACAACUCUGCACAAGCCUUCUGUUCUUGAUGAUCUUGUUGCUAGAUACCCACACACCCAGCUCUUAGUACUUCCACUGGACGUGACAAAUGAGGCGCAGGUCAAAUCUGCCUUUGUGCAGGCCAAGGACACCUUUGGACACGUUGAUGUUGUGUAUAACAAUGUGGGGCAGAUUUUUUAUCAGGAGCUGGAGGGGGUACCAAUGGGCCAUGCCAGGGCGUUAAUGGAUGUCAAUUUCUGGGGCGCUGGUAAUGCCUUGGAUUUGUUCACCGAAGUCCUGGCACAGGAGCUCCUUCCCACUUGGAAGAUUUGGAUCGUGAAUGUCCACCCAGGUUUGACAUGUACACCUAUUAUAUUAAGUGAGAUGCUCGAGCCUCCAGUACUGUAUGCAUUGGAACCAACAGCUGCAACAACGAAGACGCAUGCUGAGUGGGAUACACUCAUGGCAAGCAAUGCAUGCAUUUGGUUGGUGAUGUGGAUGGAUGAUGAGAACCUGCAGAAGGGUGUGCAAGAAGAUAUUCCAGGCCUUGUGAACAUGCAUACGGGCAUAGACUCGCUGGGGUGUGUGCAUGCAAAGAUCGGACAACUGCAGAGCAAGCUGAUGUGGAAUACAAAGGUUCAUUAUGAGUACUAG